UUGUUUAAAAUAGUUUUUGUUUUAUACAAAUUAAUUUUUCAGUGGUCUAUCAUUGUCCGCUCAGCAGUACGGAAAGAGAAGGGUCUUCCCAUUUUAGUAGAACUUCUACGAAUUAAUCAUGACCCUGUAGUGAGAUCUGUUUCAACAGCGAUGAGAAAUCUAGCAAUCGACCCGAGGAACAAGGAUGUUUUAGCUAAAUACGGAAUCAAAGAUCUGCUUCAUCGUCUGCCCUAUCCUGGCGCACCUUCCAAUGUCCGAGCUGAAGAGAACACAAUCGGUGCUAUACUGUGUGCGAUUCAUCAACUCAUGAAUAAAAGUCUAAUGAAUGGAAGACAUGCUAAUAAAGCUGGCGGGUUUCAGAAGAUUAUUGGGAUCGCGAAGUCGCGCGAUCAUUACUCCCCGAGGAUUGUAUUAACAGCAAAUCAGGUAUUAGUAACUCUUUGGAACUUACCAGCUCUUCGAAGUUCUCUCAAGAAGGAAGGCUGGGAAUUCACAAAAGAAAUAGGAGAUGAAUACGGUCAUGUUCCACCCACCCCGCGGCCGUACGACGAGGUCACAAUGCCACGGGGACCUCAGAGAGGAACCCCGUCAACUGUCGGAAGGAACGAACCACGACCGGUACGAUCAGACGAAACAUCGAUUCCGGAACUUCGAUACGAGUCCGAACAAAAAAGCGAACCCCCAAGGUUUUCCAAAGAUGGUUACGAAGCCGACGACGAUGCUCGACGGCGAAGAGAGCCGACAACGCACGAGACGAACAACGCACGAGACGAGUUGGAAAUGAAAGACGUGGGUGACUAUAGGGAAACCGAUCAUCGGCCGGGAGUCGAGAGAGGCGGGGAUGUUCAAGGAUUACCUCCGGGUGCCCCGCCGGCUUACCCUGACGGGGGUGGAAAGCCCCAAGAAGAACCAACAUACGCUCAGGUCGAUAAAAGUAAAAAGAAAACGUAUAAAUUACAAGGAGGGGAAGGUGCAACUUCUGACUCGUGGGUUUGAAUGUUCCUCUGAACACUUUUUCGCGUCAAUCUUGGAAAUCGCUCACACAAAUGCAGUAUUCGAAAGAGCUCGUAGGAACAGCAACUCCCUCGCGUUGAAGAAACGUCAACAAUCGCAAGGGGGAGGCAAAUUCAACUGAAAGCGUUUCUUCUUGGAAGACAUUUAGGAUUUAUAGUGUUUUAAAAGUUAAUUGCGUUCACUGAUCGAAUGGACGCCUCGAUGAAUGCUGAUUAAUGGCAACUCAAGGGAAAAACUGGUUUUACUAAUUAGUUUGGCCACACUGUAAAUGAUUCAUCUGAAGAACACAUUCAUACAAUGUGCAACUGAACUGUUAGGUUCUAGACAUCAGAUAGUCACCUCUUUGAAAGAGGGUCGAAGGCUUAGUUAUAUUUAGUUGCUUUUUUGUAUGGAAAUAGUAAAUAUAAUCCAACGUGACCCGUCAUCGUA